CACUGCAGUUUACACUCACAGUCAUGAGGAAGCAGACGGACGCUGGAGAUCAGGCACAGAGAUCUGAAGGGAAUUCACUUUUCACUGCAAACUACUGAGCAAAGCCUGGAAGUGUUUACUUCACCCCUCACUGGACAACAGUCAGACAGCGGGAAUACUGGACUUCUGUUAUCAGCCAGUUACCAACAUUUCAUAGCAUUUCAGCGAGAGUGGAGAUUUAAAGAAUUUUGCUCUGGAUGUACAUUUUCACCCAAUUCUGAAACUGCUUUUUCUACUUUGCCAAAAGUUACGUCAAAUAAUUUUGUUUUUUUUUUUUUGAAGAUGCAGUCUGAUUUGAAUGCUUGACGGAUUACGUUAGACCAUUUUUUAAGUCCACAAUAACACAUUUUGCUCUGGAAGAUUAUUUUUGGUAAAGAAUUCAAAGAUUAUUUUGCCAAAACAGAAUUUUUUUGGAAACGAUUCGAUUUUCAGUGGAUUAGUUUUUCUGUUUAGAUCACUUAGAUGUAAUUUUUUGUGUUAUUUUGUUAACAAACAGGACUGGACAGUUACACAUUUUGUUCUGGAAAAAAAUUUUUAGACUCACCCGGGACUCACCAUGCUGGUCUUUUGUGCCACGGUUUUGCUGGCACUCUUUGGACCAGUGAGAUGCGACUACUCCAGUGAUGAGCCGCAGCCCGCUGGGAUAAAGAAGGAACCGAGUCAAGCUACAAUAGAUGCGUGCCUGCAGGUGACUCCUCCGUGUGUGACGGAGGCGGACCGCUUCAGCCUGGAGGCUCUGCGCCACAUCCACCGCGAGAUGGACGAUGACCAGGACGGAGGGAUCGAGGUGGAGGAGAGUGUGGAGUUCAUUAUAGAGGACAUGCAGCAACAGCAGCAGACCAAUAAGCACAGUAAACUGCAUCAAGAAGACCAGCACAUCACGGUGGAGGAGCUGUGGAGAGGCUGGAAGUCCUCAGAAGUCCAUAACUGGACUCAGGAGGAUGUGCUCUGCUGGCUGCGGGAGUUUGUGGAGCUGCCGCAGUACGAGAAAAGCUUCAAAGAGCUCCGCGUCAAUGGAAACACCCUGCCCAGGAUUGCGUCCAACGAGCCGUCGUUUAUGAGCACCUACCUGAAGAUCCAGGACCAGCAGCACAAGCACAAGCUGAAGCUCAAGGCUUUGGAUGUUGUGCUGUUUGGACCGCCCACCAGGCCACCACACAACUGGAUGAAGGACCUUCUGCUGAUUGUUUCCGUGGUGAUGGGGGUUGGGGGCUGCCUGUUUGCCCAGGCGCAGAACAAAGCGUCCAAAGAGCACAUCUCCAAGAUGAUGAAGGAUCUGGAGAGCCUUCAGAGAGCGGAGCAGAGCCUGAGAGACCUGCAGGAACAGCUGGAGCAAGCUCAGGAGGAGAAGCGCACCGUAGCCGUGGAGAAGCAGUUCUUGGAGGCGAAGAUGAAGGACGAGAUUGAGGGAGCUAAGGAGGAAGCGAACCGGCUCCAUGCCCUCCGGAAAGGAGCCGUCAGCGAACUAAGCCGCCUCCGCUAUGCCGAGGAGGAACUCGAACAGGUUCGUGGAGCGCUGAAGAAGGCCGAGCAGGACAUGCAGGCCAGCUGGUCUGUGCCGGAGUCUCUACAGCUGUGGCUGCAGCUCUCCCAUGAGGUGGAAGUGCAGUAUUACAACGUGAAGAAGCAGAGUGCUGAACAGCAGCUGGCCACCGCCAAGGACGAGGCUGAGAAGAUCAAGAAGAAGAGGAGCUCUGUUCUGGGCACCCUCCAUGUCGUACACAGUUCCUCUUUGGAUCAGGUGGACCACAAGAUCUUAGAGGCCAAGAAUGCACUGGCGGAGGUGACAGCAUGUUUGCAGGAGCGCCUGCACAGGUGGCAGCAGAUCGAGUGGUUGUGCGAAUUUCCUAUCAUGAAGAAUGCUGGACUGCCGAGCCUCACGGCUACCCUGUACCCAGAUCCUAACUGGAUGCUCCUGCCUAGAGCCGCCAUGUCCUCCUACCAGAUACCUGCAGGCGUGGAUGACAUGGAGGAAAGCAUGCCCCCCGUCAUGCCGCAGAUUCCUGUCACUGUUACUCCAAUCAAGCUGUCCCCUCGAGCGCUGGUCCGUUCCCGUCGAACCAGCCAUAUCGUCCAGCAGCCUGUGAUUCUGUCACCUGAUCCUGACCUGCUGAUCCCGAUCCGGGGCCCGAUUCCACGAUACGGAGAGGAGGAAGGGGAACACAUCAUCUUCCCAACUCUUAUGAAACAGGAGUGCCUGGAGACAUCUUCAGACACUGACACUAUUGGAUCCACCAUUGGCAGAAUCUCUACAGGCACUGACUUGGAUACUACCCGAAGACUAUACCGCAAAGACAUGGACCGUUUCUCUGGUCGCAUCGCGCGUAAGGUCUCUUUUGAGGAACAGGAGGAAACUCCGUCACGCAAGACAUCACGAGAGGAACUUGGGGACUCUCUGAGGAUCAGCCCUAGAAAAGUUUUCCAUGAAGUACUUGAUGAAACCCCAGUCACAAAGACAUUCAGAGAGGAGCUGGAAGCACCUACAGUAGCUCUGACAAGUUCUAUGGGUACAGAAGAACCUGAUUCUAGGAAGAUUUCAAAGAGUUUUCAAAUUGAUAACACUGAUUCUUCUUCAAGACCAUCAGCCCGAGACAAGUCAGAAUCUUUAGUGGAACUGUAUUCUGGAAUGAGACACAAGGAUGAAACUGACCUAAGUCUGGCAAGUCAAAGAUGCAUGAUGUUUAGGGAGAGGAAGGAUCUCUCAGUAGAUAAUCUCUCCAGAAUGGUGCCAGGAGAUGAACGUGAUAUUGAUGUCCGAAGUGGAAAUGCAGGUCCAGAUGUCAGUGCUGAAAUGGACACUACUCCAAAGAUGAUUCAUAGUGAGAACACUGAUCUUUCAAGGGAAUCUCUAGCAGGAAAUCUAUCAAAGGACAUGUCGUUGGAAGGUGCAUCUAGAAAACUCUCAAGAGAUGAGUUUGAUAUCUCAGUGGAUGUGCAAAUGAAGCUAUUUAGAGAGAACAAGUUACCCAGGGAGGACUCUGACACUGGACAACUCUUUAGAGGUGCUUCUGUGGAUAGUGCUUCUCGGAACAAGAUGCGUGGGAAAUUGGACAAGUCACUGGAGAGCAGGAGAGGAAUGUCCUUAAGAGAGAGAAGGGGAGAUACCACUUGGAAGCUUUCUAGAGAAGAGCGUGAUGUUGGCCCAGAGAGACGACGAUUCUUCCAGGAUAUGAGGUUGGACAAUACUGCAGACACAACCACAGAUAAAAUCCAGAGAGGUAUCUUGGAGAUGCCUUUGGAAGCUGCCAGACGCAAGGUAUCCAGAGAAGAGUUUGUGGUUCCAGAGCCAGGCUCCUUAAGCCAGCCUGACCUGACUGUAAGCUCCCUGAUGCUCUGGGCUCCACCUCAAGAGCCACUUAGCCAUUUAGUAUAUGAUGGCAUUCUAGAGAAGUCUUAUAAGAACCCUCUAAAUGCACCUGGCCCUGCAGAGCUCAGUCAUGCUGGCUCACUGCCCUCAAUGUCCACCUCCUCCCAAAGCCUUGCGAGUAAUGAGGGCUCUGGCAGCAAGUGUUCUCGUUCUGAAAAUGCUUCACCGCCAGAAUCCCGCAGUGGAGACAAAUGUAAGAAAUCCUCCAAGCUCAAGAACCUAUUCAAGAAAAAGAAGGAAAAGGAGAAAGAAAAAGAUGUACCUGGAGAUCGUUCACAAGGGGGCCUGCAGAAGCUAUGACUGCCUGGAAGCAAUUACAAUAAGAACUCCAUAUACUUAGGCACUACUUAUAUUAAUGGGGUCAGAGUAACUUAGGAAAUUCAGAGCAUGAUUUUCAAUGCAUCAGUGUCCUCUUGAUCUAGAUGGUAGUGAGACAAACCAUGUCUUGUUUCUUGCAGGAUUUUGCCUCUAUGCUUUUCACUAGGCUGGGUUUGAGGAGUUUUAGCACAUGUGAGAUCCAGAGUGAUGUGCAUCACAUUAAGAUGCAUUCCUCAUCAUUAGUUUCUUUAGGGAUGCCACAUCAUAACAGUGCUGACAUCCAGUCAAGAUGGGCAUGAAAAAAUGGGGAUCUCAGUACAUUAAAAGUAAUUUAUAGCAGGUAGUUAGCACUUGCUCAAACACUUUAUUUCAAAGCUGCCUACAUAAGGACUUCAUAACACAUUCAUAAUCAUUGAAUAACAUAUUCACAAACAAUUCUUGAACAGCUACAGCUAAUCAGUAAUCACAAGAUGACAAGAUUUUUUUAAAUAAAUGACAUUGCAUUCACACGAAGGACCUUACCUUUAAGUAUAUACUUGUGUUUAUUUCUGUUUAACUGGUUGAUUGUUUACCUGUUUUAUUAUAAUUAAAAUACUUAAAUUGUGUUGUGAGGUAGGAUGUAGAGCUCAGACAGUUUGAGCUUCUGUUUAUUCAUCUGAUGACAUUAUUUAUUGAUCUUCAAACGUACACUUGACUUAGCACAAUUGUCCUAAAUAUUAAAAAAAUAAAAUUCUAAAGAUUGUGAUUUAUUUUUGUUGGCUGAUAAAGACUUCUGUCUUUUUCUUUGUCCAGUCUCACAAUUUGCAAAUUCAUCAGUGACCACUAGACCUAAAGAGGGCUUGAAAGUGAUGGUUAUUUGUUUCAUUUCAUGAACACAGUUAAGAAGUUUCAUUCCCUAGUAAUGGAACUUCUAUUUAGUGCUUAGAUAAGAGCACCAUAUAUCAGUUCUAUGGGAGAUUUGGAGGCCUUUGAGUGAUCAUUUUCAUAUGCUUCAAAAACAUGUAAUUAGUGGGACAACAAACACUUAGCUUAGUUUAAGGCCACUUAUGUCAGUACAAUGUAAUUAACUUCGUAUAACUUCUCAUGUCAUCUUGUGAUUGUCAUACGCUGUUCAUAAAUACUUAAUUACUGCUUUACAAAUGUGUUAUUCAGUGAUUUAGCAUUUGUUAUGAAGUCUUUAUGUAGGUAGGGUUCAAAUAAUGUGUGACAGUAGUUUAGUAAUUAUUAGUGAAUGUAAAAAUCUUGAAAGCAGUUUAAAAGUGUCUUAUGUCAAGAAAUAUCUGUAUGCGCUAAUAUGAAUGAUAUUUGAUCUUGAUUAUAUUUCUACUCGUGCUUUGUAGUUUUGUUCCAUCAGUGGGAUGCAACAUGACAAGGCCAACUUAGGAAUUUACUUUGAAAGAAAACAUCAAGUCUUAAAAACUGUUUGAAGGUCCUUGCUACAUGGAACGGCCUUGAGACAAAUGUCUAGUGUCUGGCCAGAGUUUGCGUCAGAUGAAUUUGCAGUUUCAGGAACAUUUUUUUUUUGAAUAUGUGAAAUCAUUUCCUAAAGUACUGAUUGAAGCAUAUGCACUGAUAUGAAAGGGUAGAAUGUGAAUAUUGUCUAUCCUCUCUCUAAGAUUCAUUCAAGUUUAACUUUAUAUUUUAUGCUAAUCUUAAAGUGAAUACUUUUCCAGUAUAUUUUAAUGCACUGUUCAAACACACUUUUAAUUUUUUGAGCCAACAAAAACAAUUUACAACUGGCUAAGUUUACCUUUAACUAAAUAUUUGUGUUAAUUUCUGUUAACUGGUUGAUUGUUACCUGUUUUAUUAUAAUUAAAAUACUUAAAUUGUGUUGUGAGGUAGGAUGUAGAGCUCAGACAGUUUGAGCUUCUGUUAAUUCAUCUGAUGACAUUAUUUAUUGAUCUUAAAACGUACACUUGACUUAGCACAAUUGUCCUAAAUAUUCAAAAAAUAAAAUUCUAAAGAUUGCGAUUUA